AUGUUAUUAACCAAAACUCGAACAAUAUCUUCUUCUUAUCCUACUCCAGCUAGUGCAACAAGUACAGGAUAUCGUAAAACAAUAACACUUUUUAAUCAUCUAUUUUCAAUUGGUAGUACUGCUAUGACUAGUAUUGAUUCAGUAACAACACCAAAAACUGGUUCAAUUUUAUCGGAUUCUAGUACAUUAGAUGAACAUGAUUAUGAAAUAACAUGUCAAAUAAUGCGUGAUCUUAUUGAAGAAAUUCAAAUUGAAAAACCAUUUAUAAGUUUUAAUGAUAUGUUUCUUGAUCAAGAUGAUAUUAUUGGUUGUUUAUUACGAAUAUUUGAUGAAUAUGCUGAAAAUAUCAAUGGAAUAAAGCAAAUAACACGUGAAAAUAUGUUAAAAUUAUUAGAAAAUUCAGAAAUAUUUAAUAAUAAUUAUACAUCAUUAAUAUUCAUAAAUGAUUGGAAUAAUUUACGUAAACAAAUGAUAAAAAAGAAAAUCUAUGAACGAAAAAGUAAAGCUUUGGAUUUUUGUGGUUUUGUUCAAUUAAUUGAUGUAAUUAAAAAUCAUUUAUAUAAAAGUAAAGAUGAAAUUUUAAAGAAAAUUAUUGGUUCACAAAUUUAUAAUGAUGUUAUUAAAUUAAAAGAAAUUCGAGAUAAAAUUCAUUUAGGUUUAUUACCAUCAAUGAAUACACUUAUUAAUCAAUAUAAUGAUUUCGACGAAAAACAACAACCAAGAGCAUCAUCAACAAUAAAAGUAUUAUCAAAAGAAUCACCAAAAAUUAAAAUAUCACAUAUAUUUGAACCAUGGAUUGUACGUGAUGAACUUGAUAAUGAAUUAAUGAAUAAAUUGUUUGAAUCAUUUAAAUUAGCUUCCGAACAAUUUGAACAUGGAUUGAUUAGGCAAAAUGUAUUUAUUCAAUGGCUUCGUGCAUCACAUGCCAUUUCUGACACAUAUUCAGUGAAUAUAAUUGAAGGUGUACUACAUAGCAUUUUAGCUCGAAAUAUAAAUGCUAAUAUAUAUAAAUUAGGUACAGAUACUUUUGAAUGGAAUGGUUUUAUAGAUUGUAUUCGAAUAUUAGCAAAGCAAAUUCAUUUAUCAUUAAAUGAAUUUGUUAAAAAAAUGCUUACAGCUGAUGAAUUUUCAUUUCAAAAAUGGCGAGUUGAAACUGAACGUACUUCAUUAGAAGUUGGAACAGGUAAACAAACAAGUCGUCCAUGGGAUUCUAAAAAGGUUCUGGUUGCUGUUAAUAUUAUGCGUGAUGUUGUUGAAGAAAGUCGUAAAUUACAUUUAACAGAUGAUGAACGUAAACGUUUACGUUCACUUUAUAAAGAAUUUGCUACAUUUGCAUAUCGUCGUCAAAGUUCACAUUUAGAAGCACGUUUAACAAAUUCUGUAUUAAGCAAUUGGAUGCGUGAAUGUCGAAUAUUUGAUGAUAAAUAUACAAUAAAUGAACUUGAUAAAGAUUUUAUUUCAAUAUUAGGAGAUUUUACAUUAAAUGGUGUUUAUCCACAAGGUACACGUGAUAUUGAUUUUGAUGGUUUUCUUGUAUUAAUUCAAACAAUUGCUGCACAUAAACAUAUUCGAGCUGAUAAUCUCGUUCAAAUGAUUUUUGCUGGACCACGUAGUCCAUUACAAAAAACAGCUGAAUUUAAUGAACAUAUGGAUCGUACAAAAAUUCGGACAAGUCAAACCAUUUAA